AAGAGUUAUGGCGUUGGAAGUGGCGUGCUGUGGGAUGAUGUUUUCGGUUUAUGUGUUGGCUAUAAUCGGCCUGGUUAUCUUUGCUGGCGUGAUGGCUGGCCUAACACUAGCUUUAAUGUCUUUAGACCUCGUCGACCUUGAAGUUCUCAUCAAGUCCGGCCUUCCUCAGGAUCGCAUUCAUGCUGGCAAAAUAUUUCCUGUGGUGAAAAACCAGCAUCUUCUGCUAUGUACUCUUUUAAUUGGAAACUCUCUAGCCAUGGAGGCUCUUCCCAUAUUCUUGUACAAGCUUGUGCCUCCAUGGGCUGCAAUAUUAAUAUCUGUGACUCUGAUUCUCUUGUUUGCAGAGAUAUUGCCACAAGCAGUCUGCACUCGUUAUGGCUUGACUGUUGGAGCAACAAUGGCACCAGUGGUCCGUGUUCUUCUUUGGCUGUUCUUCCCUGUGUCUUAUCCAAUCAGUAAGGUUUUGGAUUGGAUGUUGGGUAAAGGCCAUCCGGUCCUUUUACGGAGGGCGGAGCUAAAAACUUUCAUGAAAUUUCAUAGCAAUGAGGCCGGGAAAGGUGGAGAUCUAACUCGUUAUGAGACUACUAUCAUUGCUGGAGCUCUUGAAUUGACUGAAAAGACAGCAAAAGAUGCCAUGACUCCCAUAUCGAAGGCUUUUUCUCUUGAUGUGGAUGCAACGAUUAAUUUGGAUACACUGAAUGCUGUAAUGACCAUGGGUCACAGUAGAGUGCCAGUUUACUUUGGAAGUCCAACUAACAUUAUAGGCCUUGUUCUGGUUGAAAAUCUCUUAACAGUUGAUCACAGAGAUGGGGUUUCUCUGAGAAAAUUGAUGAUAGGAAAAAUACCUAGGGUGUCUGCAGAUAUGCCUCUUUAUGAUAUUCUAAAAAAAUUUCAGAAGGGUCACAGCCACAUUGCUGUUGUAUACAAAGAUUUAAACGAGAAAAAAGAAGGUGAACAGUUUAAGGAUAGCUUUAAGAAGUCAAGAGGACAACCUGAGAAAUCAAUGAAAAAGGUUGGCAAUGAGGAUAGUGCUGCUGCCCAAAACUUGGUAAAUGAAUUGGCAUCAAUGAAGAAAAGUCCACCAGCUACUCCUGCCUUAAAGAAGCGACAUAGAGGUUGUUCAUAUAGCAUUCUGGACAUUGUGAAUGCUCCUAUUCCAGAGUUCCCAUCUAAUGAGGAGGUUGUUGGUGUUAUUACCAUGGAGGAUGUCAUUGAAGAACUUCUUCAGGUGGAGAUACUUGAUGAAACCAACGAGUACAUCAAUAUCUACAACCGGAUAAAAGUUAACAUGCAUGCGGCUCAAGAAAAGGUUCCAGGUUCAGAUACAUCACCAGCAUCUCUCAGUGGCUCCUCUGCCGUUUGGAACUCCACCCCAACAUCACCAACACCCUCAGGUUUCACUGUCACUCAGUACUCCCCAGUCUCUCCUUCCUUGGUGGCCCCUGCUCCCACUCCAACUCUCUCAAUGUCUAGCCCCAACGCAUCAUGUCUCAGAAAGGAGACCUGUUAAAUGAUAGGUGAAUUUUUGGGGUUUCUCAUGCUUAGUCUUGAUAUGAUAAGGAUACAAAACCAUGUAAUAUAGUUAUAGAGGCCUCUGAUAUACCUUGAAAAUUAGGUAGAAUCCAGCAAAUGGAUAACGGUGUUCUGAUGUAGAAGAGGGUGCUUUUCUAGUCAGAUGUGAUCAAAAUGAAAAUGAAAUUUUCAGUUCA